UACAGUGUUGGACAGGUGAACGAAUCACAGAUGCUGAAAGUAUGUAUCUUAGAGCCAAAAUACUGUUCUUCUUUCUUUUUUGUAUGUCAUGCAUAUAUCUUUUCGCUUUGUCACUACGAGAUAUUGAACAAAAUGAACCAAAAAUUGCUAGAUUUAUAUAUCCUUGCGACAGAACAUUGGAAGGAAGACGAAGAAUUUGGACAAGUCCGCCAGUGGUUGUAGCUGAUUUCAGUUUAAUUUUCUUUUGGAAUGUUAAGUCUGGGUCAACUUAUUGGAAGAGAUUACUACAAAUUAUACAAAGGAUAAACUGCAAAUACGCAUUUAUGGGAUUAAAAUAUGUACACAAUCAAAAUGAAAUCAUAAAAUUUAUAAAAAACGAUUCAUGGAUAAAAGCGACUUUCGUUAGAGAACCUAGGGAACGUAUUUUAUCUUCAUAUUUAGGUAUCGGAAAGGACGACCUUCAUAUGAAUUGUUCUUGUGGAAGAACCGUUAGUUCAUUUUUAGAAUUUGUAGAAGUUAUUAAACAAUGCAAAGAUAGACACUGGACACCACAAGUUAAUUUACCAAAACAAUUUUACAAGAAUAUGAUGAUCGGGAAAAUGUCAGAUAUUUCAACAUUUACUGAACUAUUAUUGAGAAGAAUAGGUGUUUGGAAUGAAACAAUUAAAACUUUUCUUGGAUCAAAACGAAUGUACAGUUUGACACAAUCCCAUGCUAAAAACGCUACACAAAAGUUGCUCAAUUAUUACAAUACAACUGAACUACAGAAUUCGAUUUUUCACAUGUUUGCAGAAGAUUAUGAAGUUUUUAAAUUUAGUAAAGCAUAUUUUUGAAAAGGACAGACUAUGUUACUCAUUUAUUCAAGUGUAUAUGUUGAAACAUUAAUAAAUGGAAAUAUAAGCCUAAA